AUGUGGUGGCUGUUUGUUGCCUCUGGUUCUCACAGCGGUGCUACUGUGUAUAAACAAACGAAAACCGACAAAACAUUGUUCAUGGCAUCACCCAACGCGACUGACAUGAGGACGACUAGUGUGAGCCAGGAUAUGGAAGCUUCUGAUGCAGGGAGUGGUAGGCGUCGGAUGAAAAUAUUCCGCAGGAGCCCAGCCAUUUCUUCGAGGCCAUUUGCUGGACGUAUCGGUGGCAACCAGGAAUUUACCAUACCAGCAGAAGAUGCUUCCAAGACUCUACUUCCAGACGCGUCAGCGAUAUUCUCAUGGCAUCAGUCUUUCUCUCUGCGCGCCUUCGCUGAUAUAGAGCUGUGGAAGGAGUCCUUCAUCGAAGGCGUGGGGACUUGUCUACAGACCUACCUGUCCGGUCUCGCUUCCGUCGGUCUUGGUCCCCUGGUCAAAGCGACGGCUUUGGGGCCUGUUUCAACGGCUGCAUUCGGAAGCAUUGUAACCGGUACGCUGAUUGCAUUAUUCAUCUUUAGCGCUGGUCCAGUCUCCGGAGGACAUCUCAAUCCGACAAUUACUAUGGCGACCUUUACGGCAGGACUGUCUAUUUUCCCGAGAACGUUACUUUAUGUUCUUUUCCAGAGUGUUGGCGGCUUGGCAGCUGGUGGUCUAAUUCGAGCGAGCUUGGGCAUGAAUCCGCAUGACAUUCCACCUAUACCGGGAUGUUAUAUUGACACCAGUUUGGUUACACCAGGCGAAGCGUAUGUUUUGGAGACAAUGACAACUUUUGGUUUGAUAUUCAUUGCCUUUGGAGUGGGUCUUGAUCCUAGACAAAGGGAGGUCUUUGGCCCAGCUUUGUCGCCGAUUUUGGUGGGCCUUGCGCAGACUAUGUGUUCUUUUGCAUCCUCGAUAGUAAGGGCUGGAUACAGCGGGGCCUUGGAAAAAGUGGUUGCUGACAAUGAUAAGCAUGCAACCCAGCGCGCUGUCUCGGGCUCAUGCUUGCCGCAGGUAAGUACUCAGGAUUUCUGCCGCUGUGACUAUCUGACGCGCUUCAGACCGCUUCGACUAUCAUUAUAUCCAUUGGGUUGGGCCGGUAACGACGGCGGUGCUGAAUGGAUUGUUGUAUUGGGCCAUUCCGAUAUACAAGCGGGAGGGGUAGAGCAGGCAGGUUCUGAUGACAGCUUCUCCGUAGUGGAUGACACUCUUUUAGGACAAUGA